GCUGGCCAAGCCAAAGCCAGAAGGGCCGGCGCGUUCAGGGCUCAUAGUGUGUGUUGUAUCUCGGCUCCGCGUGCUCGCUCGCAAGGGGACUGUGUGCCGCGCGGUGAAUAAGUGCAGUGCUGUGGCCGCCGGAAAAAAGGACACUCUGCACUACUUGACACGAUGGGACGAUUCCGCUUGUCGUUGCUGAUCGGCGUUGUCAUCUUUCAUGGCGCGAGUUGGGCGGCGGUCCAGCGCUUCGACAGGCAGCCGCAAUACACUGAAGUCAACCCCGGAGAGGAUGCCAAGCUCACGUGCACCCUGCACCACAGGAAGGGACACUGUUCGUGGCAGAAAGACGGAAAGCCCGUUGGAAUGUACCCGCGCAAGUACGAGUGGGUGGCCGGUGGAGCCGCAAUGGGCCCCGGCGGCCCUAUGCCUCCACCCGGCGGUGACUGCAGCAUAUGGGUGCGUAGUGCCACCAUCGAGUUCGACGACGGCGAAUGGGAGUGCCAGGUGACCGCCUCAGACUUCGCAUCCCAGGACGCGCUCACUUCCAACCCAGUCAAACUCGUCGUCAGGGUUGCUCCGCAGAGGCCCAGAAUCGAGUAUAAUGCAACACAAAUGGCACCCGGACAGAACGUGAGUGCCAAAUCUGGUGAGAGGGCCUCCUUACGCUGCAUUAGCCGUUACGGCAAUCCUCCUGCCAAGCUCAAGUGGAUGCUCGGUGAGGAGUCUUUAUCGGACACCGGCAACCAGACUUCCGUCCGCGAGCAGGACAACCCGAAGACUUGGUCUACCAGUUCAGUGCUGGACCUGGCCGUGGUGAAGAGGCACCAUGGACGCAGUUUGCGCUGCGUGGCGGAGCACGACUUGUACAUUUCCCGGUCAUUAGACGUGAAUGUCAAACUGGACGUCAGAUUCCCUCCAGAGGUUCGUCUUGUUGGUGCUCCAAGCAAAGACGUCGAGGAGGGCAGAGACACCGUGGAGCUGAGGUGCGAGUCUGAUGCCAACCCGCCAGCCACGAUCACGUGGCGACGUUCCCAGAAAGCUGAUAUUCUGAAUACUAUGAAUGCGACGGUGACACUGCGGCCGGUCCGACGCUCGGACACUGGCACUUAUACCUGCCAGGCUCGCAAUGUCGUCGGUGCCAGCCAACCCCUUUCCGUACACAUUGAUGUCAAGUAUCCCCCGAGGAUUCUGCACGUGGGCCCUGACAGGAAGGUGACCGCGCAGCUCUUCUCACAGACGUCGUUCACGUGCGAGGCCGAGGGCAAUCCCCAACCCUCCAUCCAGUGGCUCCAAAAGAUGCCCAUCCACCCGAUGGCCAUCGCCGACGGCUCUGCCGAGGAUAAGGUCAUCCUGCGCGGCGCCGAGCCCCGUUUGAUUCUCACCAACCUGACUUACGACCACCAGGGCGAGUACGUGUGCCGCGCCGCCAACAAAAUCGCCAAUGUUGAGCGACCCGUGCAGAGCGAGCCUAUCCCCGUGCACAUCAAAGGUGCACCACAAGUAGUUCGCCGGCCAAGCGCAGAGGUGUACGCGGCCAGAGGUCACGACGCCAUCAUUAGAAUGGUGGUUUGCGCCGACCCAAGGCCCAGGAGGAUCAGCUGGGAGUGGGGCAGCAUGCAGCUGGAAGCAGGAAUGAUCAUGGGCAGAUACAAGGCUGAAGAGCUGGCCCAGGACGUAAGAGAAGAUUGUUACGAAGCGAGAUUCCACAUAAAGGGCGCGGACGCAGCAGACGCGCGAAGCUACACGCUCACUGCAGAAAACGAGCGUGGCUCUGACCGGCACACGGUGCUGCUGGCCGUCCGUGGUGAGCAGGAGAUCGUGGAUGAGGACACCGCCCGCACCCGCCUGCACAGCAAUCCAGUGUCUAUGAUAGCUAUGAUUGGCAUUUUAGCAGUAGGAAUGAUCAUCCUUCUAAUCACCGCGUGUGUUCUCAUCUGCGCCUAUCGUAAAGAGACGUGCUGUUUCAAACCCGAGCCAAUUAAUUCCUUGAUUGAUGGCAUUUAUGUCAAGCCAACUGGAGUGACAGCUUCAGGUCGUAAUGACACCCAACCAACCACUGGAGAACUGAACAGAGCGUGGUGCUAUCUGUCGCCUAACAGCUCGGUGGCGUGUAUUGCGCCCGGUGAUGCCCGCAGUGAGAAGUCGCCUGGCGGUCCCCUGGCCCAGUCGCGGCGUUCCAGCCACGACUCGAAUGGUGCCCUCGCGAGCCCACCCAUCUACACGACGUCGCCGCCGCGCGGCGGGCCCCGCAUGAUGCAGGGCGCCGUGGUGACGGCCACCGGUGCGUACCACCACACAGGAAUCAGCCACCCAAUUAGCUCAGCAGAGAAGGCACUGACGCGUGGCGCUAAGUUCUUGCCAGCGGCGAACCACCCUAGAGGCUUUGGCAGCGCGGAGUCUCCGGACACAGUGUUUGCCACCUUGCAAGUGCCUCGGAUCAGCAACAACGGCUCGACCAAGGUGGCCGGCGCCAACCGCGGCGUCUCCUCCAUCUACCGGCCGCUCGAGUACGCCGACAUCUGAUCGAACCACCAAGUAAAUUUUCCCCGCGUGUGACACAGACACUUGACUCGCCCUGCUGAUAGUUAAGAGUAAUUUAAAGAGUAAGAAGAGAAUUUUCUCUCUGAUGUUGUGAAUGAGAUCACUUCGGUUUUGAUACGACGUACGCAACUAACUAAUUUGUUAGAGAAUGAGAGAUUAAGAUAGGAAAAAAGCUGUUUUGAUGAGCUGGACCAACCUUCCAUCACUGAAAACAGAUUAUUACAUGACAUUUUACUGUAGUUUAUUGUCAGCCUACGGACACACACACACAGCAAGUGUGCUGCACGCGCGCUUCGUUAUUUUGUAUUUUUAUAUUGUGUAAUUUGGUUUAAAACUUAUUUAUUUAUUAAAUAAAGCAUACACGCAACUUGUUACCCGCGUCACACCAAAGGUGACUUUUGCAUCGGAUCGAUUCAAUCAAAUGCUCACUAUAAGUUAUACUUUUUAGCAGCGCUCUGACCAUCGACGAUCGAAAUGUGGCUUUGCAAAAAAGGAAGUAUUAGAGGUUUUAGAUUUCUAUCAGAUUUGAAGCGGGAUGAGCGUUGUUUUCCUAUGAUUUUCGCCGCAUUUUUAAAGCGCCUGAAAGCAGAAAAACAGCCAAAACACAUGGAAACCGCAUAUCCUAAUUCAUAAUGAUUAAAGAAACGCUCCUGCGCUCCUAAGUAAAAAAUAGCUCUCUUAUUCUAUCUCACUGCCAAAUUUUAAACACUUUUUAGUUUUCCACUCAGCACUACAUAGUUGUUCUAAAAAAAUCAUACAUUUUAUGAACUGGAAUGGAUAUAUAAUUGUUGAACUUAUUCUAAUUAGAUGUUGCUUUCUCCACAUUUCCGAAUAAAGGGAGUGCAUAUUGAAUAAUUACAUUCGUGGAGUGUGUUAAGUCCUUUUAAUCGGAAAAUUUUAAACUACUUGUCGGAUUUGAAAAAUGUUUGAUUUUACUUCAAGUUGUUCCAAUAGUUGGCCUAACUACGCCGAAGUCCUGUCACUAUAGCUCUGACGAUUAUUAUAUGUAUAAGAUAUAUGACACACACUUUCACCGAUAGACGCUAUUUGCACUGAAAAAACUGUUCAUGAAACAAUGAAUGUCAAGAUGUAGAUUAAACGACGAAUCUCCAGUAUUAGGAAAUGGUAACAAAAACCACUUUUAACGGCAGCUGAUAAUUGAUUAUGCAAGACAUUUAUGUGACACUAUACUGUUCAAUAUCCAUCUCAAGAAUUGUAAAUCGUUUCAUUCGAUCAACACAAAUUGGAACUUUGUAUCAUAAAAUGUGUUUUAAUUUUUUCAAUCUAAGUGUUAAGAUGCUCAUUUCUUUCAUAAUUGGCUGACAAUAUAUCCAUGUGUAAGGAGUUUUUUGAUGGAUUGAAAAACCGUGACUUUUCUGAUCUCUACGAAAUCUUUGUCACACACGAAGAAUCUUUGAUUCAAGCAAGCUUAUAUGUAUGCGUUUAUUGUAUAUACAGUGUACGAAACGCAGUAUAAAUAUAUUAUUUUUAUUUGGAGUUUGUACAGGUGUAAAAAGUCUACGGAGAAAUUAAAGCAGUGACUCUGAAGUGUAGGUUUGCGAGUUUUCUAGCAGUAGGAAAGUAAGAAGAGUUAUUUUAAAACGACACGAGAUUGAAUGCAAAGGCUGUUUUAAUAAAAAUGAAUGCUAAUUAAAAAGUCCCUAACUUGUAGAGGUCGGAAUCAUAAUUUGAAAAAAAAAUGUGUUUACUAGUAGCGUUUGAUCUGCAUUUUGCGAAAAAUAUUUAUUAAUGUGUGCGUCGAAUUUGACUGUGAACGGAGUGUGUUGCGAGAGGCACUUUUAAUUAAACCAAAAAGAUAUACUUAUAAUUAUUACUUACACACACACACACACGCCGAGUUGCAUUUUUAAUCCUUAUUUUGCAAUAUUUAACUGCAGUAUUGUAGCAGCUGAGGAGAUCGAACUAAAUGAAGAACUUAAUCUUAUUACCAGUUAUAGUAAGUGUUAAAUUAUUAUAAAUUGAUACAUUUAUGAACUUCCAAACUGUGCAUGGGAUGAGUGUAUCAAAAAAGUAAUGGUGAAAUUGAUGUUUGUACAAUAUUUGUCUAUGUAUUAGUCCAAAAUGAAAUUGUAAAUAAAAAAAUAUGCUAAAAAAUA